AAAUCGAAAAAGCCAGCAAGGAUUUACAUAUUACUUCGACAUCAUUCUACAGACGGCAGUAGACCAAACGCAGAUGAUAAGAAUAAUGAUAAGUUCUAUGGAUGACACCAUGAAAAGCCAGCUUUUCAAAGACAAACAAAAAGCCAACAGCCCAUCACCAUAACCAACCUUAGGGUUGUUCAGAGUGGCAUGGUGUUUAUGCACCAGAACAGCAUUGUUAAGGAUGUCUCCACGAUGGCCAUUUCAUUUAAAUAUGUACCACCAGCAGCACCAUCCCUUACAUCUGUAGCAGAUGUUUUAAAAACUAAGAGGCAAGGGGAUAUGGUCACAAUCUCAGGCUUAAUUCGAUGGGACAGUGAAGCUUCAACACCACAAAACUCUAAACGACCAGUAAGAGAUGGUAAAUUAGUAGACUCAACAGGAACUAUAGAUAUUUCGAUUUGGUCAGACCACACUGCUCUGAUCAAGGAAGGGGAUUUCUUUGAGAUCUCCAACUGCAAUGUAAAGCACUAUUAUGGGUUGAAAAUCAGUACCACUACAGAAACCAUCAUAAAGCCAGCCGAGAAGCAAAAUAUUACCAACGUAAAUACAGAUGCAACUGCUAUCAAGCCUCAAAUCUGCUGCCCAGAAAUACAAAAUGUGAUUAUUGACACUAAUGCAAUGUGCAACACCAAAGGAUGUAAAAGCAAAAUCACAGGAAACACAGAAUCUAAAGUUAUGGUUAGUUGCACAGCCUGCAACAGAGCAAUGCUCGUUAAAAACUGUUACGUUGACAUGUGCACAACCUUUCAACUGGAAAAGGAAGAGAAGCAAUUCAACGUUGUGGCAAACUAUGCCACACUCAGCGUCUACCUAAACGAGGACAUUUUCCAAUACCGAAAAAACAUAGAUGAACUAACAGAAAAACUUCUGUUGCUGGAAAAUGUACCAUCUUGACAUUUAAGGAUAACUUCAAAAGUUCAAACAAAAAUACUUUAUUUUUAAUUAUUUUUUAUAUCAAUGUUGUUCCACUUUGAAAUUUUAUUCAUACAACUUUACUUAAUAUCAGAGUUAAAAACACAAUCGUCACUUAAAAUAGAUUUUGAAAAAUAUAUUGUAUAUAUAGUUUCGUUCCAAUUUCAUACUUUUCUCUUUUUUCCACUUUUUAUAAGCCAAAUAUAUUGUACAUACAGGUAGUUCCAUUAAUUUUUUUCCAUUUUGAUACCACAUCACAAUAGUUAUAUUGACAAAAAGCUCUAAUCAAUCAAAAAAGAUCAAUUAUUAUAAAAAUAUAAUGUUGGAUCCAGUUAUAAUUCAUCCACUUAUCGUUUUUAAAGUUUAUUAUAAUAGAACGUUCUAUUCAACAGACCAAUUUUUCAAUGCCUUUCAAACAAAUUCUAUUUAAAAUUGC